ACACCAUCACAUUUAUUAUACAACGAAAGUUUAAAAUCUCGAGAGGUCAUCUGAUAUAGGCAAAGAAUGGUAGAAUCAGUGGAGUUUUGAGUAGCAGGCAAUGGAGUGGAGGCUGGUGAAGGAAUUGCUAACAGAAAAUGCAGGAUCGGAGGAGGUAGAUGAAUCAAGGGCGGUGUCAGCCCCCUAUCUGCACCACCUCAAGGAUCGCCUACACAUGCGAUCUCUCCAAAUCAAAGAUCGCGUCCACAACUACAUCAAAUCGCACUACCACGACUUCUUUAACAUCAUAUCCGUGGCUUUCCAUGCCUCUAACGAAGUACAAACCAUAUCCCAAAAAUUGCACCAAAUUUUCGACAAACUUAGCGAUGGCUACAAGGAUUUGGAGAUUCCAAUUGACAGUCAGCUUUGCCGAUUGGCAGCUGAGAGAGCUUCUGUAAAGAAGGAUUUGUGUGAAAAGGAGGAGGCACGCCGUUUAGUUUUAACAAUAUCGGAUUAUGUGAAGAGAUUGGAAAAUGCGCGGAUAAAUGUUGAGCAAGGUCAUCUUAUACAAGCUGCACGUGCCCUCCAGGAAUUACGGAUAGCAUUAAGAGUAUCGCAAACUUGGACCCAGGACGAACUUAGGGUCUCUUCAGAUUUAUUACAACCUCAAGCUUUCACCCUUCUCAAAAUUGAGUGGGCUUCUUGUUUUUCCAAGUUGCAAGAGUUGCUUGAAGAUCUGUUUAACAUUGCAAUCCGAGUUGACAAUGACCAUACAAAGUUGUGUGUGGAUUUGCAUUUAGAAUGUGAAAAGUUGCCCGCAAGUUUUGGAGGCAUUGAUCUUGCUUCAGUACUAAUGGCAAUGGAGAUAGUAGGGAUACUGGAUGCUGGAUUUGCAAGGUUGGCAGACUCAUUAAUCAAAUAUAUCAUUAUCCCUAUAAUACAUAAUUCAUCGAUUAAUAUUAUUUCAGAUGAAUCAGUAAAAAAUAAGCCAGUUCUUAGCCAGGACUUGCCGUCUGGUAUACAGACAGAAGGUGUAUCUCCCGAAGCUUUGUAUUCAAAGCUGCUUCAUGUUCUGAAGUUUGUAUAUCAGUAUAUUUGCUUUGAAAAAGGGAUCUGGAUGAAGCUUAUUGGGAGAUUAAUUUGGCCAAAGUUAUCAGAGGCAAUUAUUACAAAUUGUCUUGCCAAGGCUGUACCUGAUGAAGUUUCUGAAGUUACAGAGUUCCAGAUGGUGGUGAAAUUGACAAGAGACUUUGAGCAUGAAUUAAAGGAUAUGGCAUUGAUAUCUUCAUCUGAUGAUAAAGAUGACAGACUGAGCAAUUUUGCUUUAAAUAUUGAGAUUCAUUUCGCUUCAAAAAAGAAAAAUUACAUCUUAGCAACUGUGCGAAAACUAAUAGUUCAAUCCAAUUUCAAGGUUUUAUUGGCUGUUGAACUGCUUUUCUGGCCUUCCACAUUGGCUGUUUCAUUGGCUGCAAAACAGUUAAUGGAGAUAGUGCAUGAAGCACUAAAGGAUGCAUGUUCAUCACCUAGGCAGAUAGCAUUGGAGUUCUAUCAUGCUGUACGAGAUGCUCUUCUACUAUAUAGAGCUAUUGUUCCAGUAAAGCUAGCUAAGGAGCUGAACACCUUAAGUCAAGUUGCUAUCAUUGUGCACAAUGAUUGUCUCUAUCUGGCUCAAGAAAUUCUUGGACUUGCAUUUGAGUAUCGUGAAAGUCUUCCGAAUGAGCUGAAGGAGAAUUUUGUAUUUGUGGACUUGGCACCACUUUUUCAUCAGUUGGCAGAACAAAUGCUCAAUCAUCAAGUAGCUGUUGUUCUCUCUGGCCUGAAAGAGGCUCUAGACCAAGCUAAUGGAUUCCAGAAUACGCACAAGAAACAACAAUCUGAAAUGGCAAGCCUUGCCUUAGAUCAGGCUGUUGUUUCACUAGAGAAUGCCCGGUUAUUGUGGCAACCGUUACUUCAGAAAACUAUUUAUAAGAAAGCUAUGCAGUGCAUUUUGCAACAUUUCUUUGCGUGUGUUGGUUCAGAAAUUCUUAUGCUAGAUGAUAUGUCUGUGGAAGAGACUUUGCAGCUUCGUAAAUUGGUUCAGACUGCUCUUGGAAAUAUGUCUUCUUUACUGAAGUCUGUUAUUGAUGACGAAAUGAGAUUACGAGUCAGUGGAGAAAGGUUUGAAAAGGACGACAAUGACUCUCAAAUCUUGUGGGAUCAAUUUGAGAAGUUGAUCCCGUCAUUGCACAAGCUUCGGCGAAUCACAGAUCUUCUGGACAUGUCAUUGAAGUCUAUCACACUUUCAUGGGAGAGUGGGGAGCUGAUUGUCAGUGGCUUCAACUCUUUAGAGGUGCAAAAGCUAGUUAGAGCAAUUUUCUCAGACACAACACUAAGAAGGGAGUGCUUGAAGAGAAUUGAAAAUACGGAGUUCAUCUUAUCAGAAAACAACUCCAAACAAGCAGCAGUAUCCAGAGGUUCAAGGCAGGAAGGUGCAAAACAACAAAAUGACAUCAAGUUUAUCAUAUAUUAUUAUUAAAAUGUCUUAAUACAUCACGAUGCCCAUUUCAUCUACCUAUGUAUACCAUCUGUAGCUAUCCGAUCAGCUCAAGUGGCCUCCUGCUGUAUGCCAAAGAUCACAGCCCUACUUUUCUAGAAUCUAUGAAAUUCGCUUGUCAUCUUACACAACAUUUUACAUGUAUUUAGUUCCAAUUAAUCAACUUAGCAUGUUCAAUAGGAAAUGAUUUUAACAUGACUGAUCACUGACUAAAUGAUAGCCCUAGGGAAAUAUUUUCUUAUAAUGGAUCACUUCAGAUAAAUAAUUUGAACCAGUAUUCUGUAUUA